UUCACUUUCGACAACAGGUUCAACCAUUUGUUUUUGUAGCUGAUGGUCCCAGGUAGUCAUACCAAACAUGGCAGAUACUAAAGAUCCGCCGAAAGCUUUACCAAAGCCCAAUCCAAUUUGGAAGUAUUUGGGGUUUGGAGAGAAUUUCCGUCCUAGAUUACCUUCACGAAAUUGGAUGAUCUUCUUGUCCAUCACCGGCGCCUUUACAACAGCUGUCAUCUACGACAAGAGAGAGGAAAAGAGAGCCCAAAGAAAAUGGAUGAAAGCAGUCGAACACAUCGGAAAGGAACCUCUGCCGAGCUCGGGAUCAAUGCCAAGAAAGCUCUCUAUUUUUCUGGAAGCUCCGCCAGGAGAUGGUCUACGAGUUGCACAAGACCACUUCAAGGAAUAUGUCAAACCGAUACUGGUUGCGUCUGGGCUGGACUGGGAAUUCAUACAAGGCCGAAAAGAGGGUGAUGUACGGGCCGAGAUAGCAGAAAAGAUUCGCAACUCGAGAUUACCACCAGAUCAGCGUCGAGAAGAGGACGUCAUCACAGAGACACGGAGGAGCAGUGGUAUUCCAGAAUUUGACGGUAUACGCGGGGACAUUGUUAUUGGGCGACAUACGUGGAAAGAAUAUGUCCGAGGAGUACAUGAAGGUUGGCUAGGACCUCUCACAGAGCCCUCGAGUGUUGGAGAAAAGACCAGCGAAGAUGUUAGCAUGGGAGAUAAGGAAGCAGGGGUCCCAGUCGAAUCCGUCGAAGCCGUCGAGACCUUGCCCGGAAUUACAAUUACUUCUACGCCAAAGGAAGCAGACGAAGUAACCACCCCCAGCGAGAAGCCAAAGGAGAAACCAAAGAAGCCCCCUCAACCACCACCAUUCAUCACGACCGCCGAGUAUUCAAAUGCGGAUAGUCCACCGGGAUUGCCAGCCGAGUUUGACCCCUCGCAACCAAUCUCAUUUCCCCAUAUCUUGGGCUUCUUGAAUACCCCGAGGAGAUUAUAUCGAUUUCUCAACCGACGCCAUAUGGCAGACUCGAUCGGACGAGAAAUAGCAGCUGUAAUACUCUCUACAUACCGGCCAUACGAUACAACUUCCGCAUCUUCUACCGAAUCUACCUUCUCUUCAGACACAAAUCAGCCUCCUUCAAGUAAUGUACCAAGCACGCCCCAAAUAGCUGAGCAGCAGACCGCACUUAUAGAGGAGGAGAAAGACUGGCCCAAAAGCGUGCGCGUUCUCAAAGACGACGAUCCGGAAAGAACGUGGUUGGACCCCAUUGUGCUAGAUCCACGGAUUGCGUCAAGGAUGCGGAGAUUUCAGAUCACGCUUGAUGAAGAGGCCAGAGUGAGAGCCAUUGUUGUACCUGAGGAAGAGGUCGAAGGCUGGAUCAAAGGAGGCAUACGAAGCUUGGGACGGCAAGGACUGAAAGCUAUGGGAUUCGGGAAGGACAAGAAACCUGCCCCUGCAGAAGGUGAAGAAGAGGUCUUAGAAUAGGCCAUUGUAACAUAUUUUCGAGGCCUUGUCAGAUAUGGCUCUAGGAUACCCCUUGAUAGGUUGGGAGCAUCACUGUAUUAGAUAUGUAAAUCAUAGCGCGAAUAGCCACAGCAUAGCAUCUAGUAAGGAGGGGACGGAUGCAGGAAGAGUCGCGAAAUAUCACGAAAUCUCCUCUG